GCUUGCAGUGUGCGUGAGCUCUAAAAACAGCGGAUGUUGAAAAGUGGCGGGAAACACUUGAAAACACUUAUGUUUAUAAUUAUAAAAUUUGUUCGGUUGCCUAAAAGAAAGUUAUGAGUAAAUUGAAAAGGAUUGUUUCGCCAAUGAAAGAACAAAUUACGACACCUACAAAAAAGGUGAAAAUUGGUGUUAAUGAGUUUGAGGCGAACCACACAAAUCUUGCAGAAAUCUUUGGUGCUGAUGAUGACUUCGAAGAAAUAAUAAAUGCCAAACAAUUGUCCGCGAAGCAAAAUCCUUUAGACCUUAGUAAAUGGCAGCGUUGCGUUGUAGUGGAAGCGAGACGUAUACCCCUUACAUUCGACAUAUUGCUACAAGUCUGCUUAGCUCUGGAUCAAGAGCAGGAAUACAGUGAGAAGGAAAACAGUGUGGGGUCGACGCAGUGCCGUCUUCAACAGCAGUGGAGCCAAACAAAAGUAAAUGCAGGCGAUAUUGUUUCGUUACUUGCUGCCUGGAACGAUGAACUAAAAUCCUACGUAGUAAACAAUGAGUAUGGAUACAUUGUCGUUAGCCCCGAUAUUCUAAUAUCUAGUACAAGCGUAGUAGGCUCCCUCUUCUGCCGACGAAAAGCCGUUUUGCAAGAUAGGUUUAAGGGAAUCGAUGCCAAUAGCAAAGUGAUGGUCGUAGGAUCGAUUGUGCAUGAAAUGUUGCAACUAGUGCUUCAAAAAGGGUUAACGAGCUCUAAAGACAUUGAACUUGCUGCAGGAAUGCUAUUAAACUCCCCUGAAACGGCGUACGAACUUUAUAGUAACUCAAUGACUCGUGAUGAAUUAGGCUUCGAGUUAGAAAAGUUUGUGCCAAAAGUAAUAAGCUUCGUAGAACGAUAUAUUAAAGGAAAUACCACAACAGCGUGUCUUAAGGAGAAUUUUCAAGGAACUAUUCACGAAAUACAAGAUAUUGAAGAAAAUGUUUGGGCACCGCAACUGGGUUUGAAAGGUAGAGUAGAUGUAACGGUACGCCUUAAACAGCGGAGACAUGAAAUGGUAUCAAAUGUCGUACCGUUGGAAUUAAAAACUGGUCGAGCCAGUUUUUCCAUGGAGCACAAGGGUCAGGUUAUAUUAUAUCAAAUGAUGCUCUCAGCUAUUGGGCGUGAAACGAAUUCCAGCCUUCUACUUUAUUUGAGAGAAUGUAUAAUGCGUGAAUUGCGUGGCACACGAAACGAACAACGAGAUCUUAUAAUGUUGCGUAAUGACUUCGCACACUAUAUUUUGUGCUCAAGUCCUAUGGCUGCUGCUGCUGGUACACCUCUCACGUUGCCUAAAGAUGGAAAAUUUGUUCAGCCACUAAAAUUACCCGAUCCUAUUUCACAUCACAGCGCUUGUGGUAAUUGUGAAUAUGCAACAAUUUGCUGCACCUUCGCAAAAACUGAUCCUGAGCUUCAAUUGAGGAGUGCACAUCCAUUGAAAGGUGUUAUGCAGACAGUAACGGAGCAUUUACAAGCGGAAGAUUACAAAUACUUUAUGCACUGGUGUAGUUUGCUUGCAUUGGAGGAACAAGAAAUGAGGAAAUCAAGCAAUUUCCGCACAUUGUGGACAAAUACGCCAGAACAACGUCAGGAAAAGGGUAUCGCAAUUAUAGCAAUGCGACUGAGUGCGGUUUCUAAUGAGGGAUCUUUAUAUCUGCAUAAGUUAAUUUUUCGGUUGGCUGAUGAAAAUAACCAAUUAGAUUUGCUUUUGAGCGGAUUCUCUAUUGGCGAAUAUGUGAUUAUCAGCACGAGCAGACGGUUGGCAGUCGGAGCCGGUUCCAUUGUCGACAUAUCAAGUACUCAUGUUACCAUAAGUCUGGAUCUUAAUUUAAGCAAAAACUAUGCAAGCGAAACAUUUAUAAUUGAUAAGCAUGAGUCCCAAUCCGGCAACGCAUUCAAUUUUACGAAUGUUAGCUUGCUUUUGGAUAAUAGAGAUCGUGCGAAAAUAUUGCGGGAAAUCGUAGUACAUCGCAUGCCACCUACUUUCCAGAAAAAUCUACCAAAGAUCGUUGCAACUAAGGGUGCAUCUAUACUUAAACAAUUGAAUAAGGUGCAACGAUCUGCAGUUCUUAAGGCGCUAACUGCAGAAAGCUACAUGCUAAUCAAAGGACUGCCCGGAACCGGUAAAACGCAAACGUUAGUGGCUAUUGUGCGACUAUUGCAUUUAAUGGGUAAAUCGGUUCUUGUGACCAGUCAUACACAUUCAGCAGUAGACAAUUUAUUGGUGCGCUUAAAGCCGCAUAAGAUUCCAAUGCUGCGUUUAGGUUCAGGUACCCGUAUCAAUGCAGAAUUACAGGAGUUUGGGGAGAGAAUUCUUCUUACAGGCUGUAAUACCGUGGAGACAAUAACAGAAAAGUAUAACUCGUUUAGUAUUGUUGGCGUCACUUGCCUUGGUUCAUCACAUCCACUAUUCCUACAUCGAAAAUUUGAUUUUUGUAUAGUUGAUGAAGCAACGCAAAUAAUGCAACCAACAACACUGCGCCCGCUCUUUUAUUCCGAUAAAUUCAUAUUAGUAGGCGACCCAGAUCAAUUGCCGCCCUUGAUACGGUCAAAGGAAGCGCGCCGACUUGGCGCUGAUGAAUCACUUUUUGAACGACUUGACACAACAGCAGCAACAUCAAUACUAACACUGCAAUAUCGUAUGAAUAAAGCUAUAACUCGUUUGGCGAAUGAACUUACCUACAAUGGUGCGUUACAAUGUGCUUCUAAAGAGGUGGAGCUUAAUAAUUUCCAAUUGAAUUUGCCGCAUGUCUUCAAAGUCGAAAAAUGGGUGAUGCGAGCCUUCCAAACACACAUCGAUCAAUCCGUAUUUCUGUUGGAUACGAAAGACUGCAGUGAGCGUUUGCUCGAGUACGCAAAGCGUAGGCAGAAAGGCUCUCUUGUUGCCAUAUCGGACAACAUUUCUGAAAAUGAUGUAGUGAAAGAAUGCACCAAGUCACCUGCCUUUAGCGGACAAAAAAUUGGUAAAAGCAAACGCAUUUCAAAGUACACAAAUUACUGUGAAGCUGCCAUUAUUAUGAAUAUGGUAGAACUACUACUUAAGGCGGGGUAUGCGCCCGAACACAUUGGUGUAAUUGCACCUUAUCGAGCACAAGUUGAGUAUCUGCGUAAACUAGUUUCACAAUUUGAUGGUCUCCACAGAGAUCAGCCCCAUACAAAUUUUGCCGCUGUAGAGGUUAACACAGUUGAUCAAUAUCAAGGACGAGAUAAGGAUAUUAUACUUUUAUCGGGUACAAAAACUGGCGCUGUGGAAGAAAAUGAAUGUGCGCGCGAUGGUGAAAUUCUAGAGGACAAAAGACGGCUUACGGUUGCUAUAACACGUGCCAAACGCAAACUAAUAUUAGUGGGCGACGCUGCUUGCUUGGAUAAAUACACUCCUUUCCACACACUUCUCGGACACAUACCAAGUUACUGUAAAUUGGAGUUGGAAGAUGGCAAACUAGGCUUCGAAUGGCAGCCACUUUUAAAUGUCCUAGCUAAUAUUAAGGAUUAGCUUAUUUUGCUUGAAUUUAUUAAACAAUUGUACGUAAUUUAACUCCCGACUUAUUUUUAAUUCUCUUCACAUUGUAAUUCAAAAUAAAUUAUUUCAAAUAUGAGAUUACUGAAAAUGUCAACA